AUGGGUCCAAUGUGUCACUUUUUCUUUUUAGUCUUUGUUUUUCUGGAGGCAGACUCAGCUUACCCUGAAUGCAACCCAGAUUGUAUAUGCUCAGAUGACAACUUCGGCAGGUCUCUGUUGUGCAUGGAUACUUCUUUGAGAAAGAUCCUGGGAAACAUCCCCAAAGAUAUCAAGAAACUUAGAAUAGAAAACUCUCACUUAACUGAACUACCUCAUGGGUCCUUUUCCAACAACAGUGCCUUGGAAUUCCUUUGGCUCAACUUUAAUAACAUCACAGUGAUUCACCCGGGAGCCCUGGAGCAUCUGAAAGACUUGAAAGAGCUGAGACUGCAGGGGAACAGGUUGUGUACAGUACCAUGGACAGCAUUCCAAGCAACUCCAGUUCUAAACAUCCUUGAUCUCAAACACAACAGACUUGAUGUUCUACCCAAGCAAGCACUUCAGUAUUUGAUUAACCUUACCUACUUAGAUUUGUCCUUUAAUGAACUUAUGGUGGUGUCUGAGGACGUCUUCAUCCAGUGGCCCAUGUACCAGAAAAGCCAGCAACUCAUGGCUAAGGCCGAAGGUAUUUCCAAUGUGGUGCUGGCUUUGCACAAUAAUCCAUGGAUGUGUGACUGCCAUCUAAAGGGGCUUGUCCAGUUUUUCAAAUUCAUCAGACCCCCUGUCAUACUAAUGAACUCCUACUUAAUGUGCCGGGGCCCUCUGUCAAAGGCAGGGCAAUUUUUCUAUGAAGUAGAGCUCAAUAGCUGCAUGAAGCCAAAGAUGUCAACCCCUAAUUCUAACAUUACCAUCCAAGUGGGGCUAAACACCACUCUAAGCUGCCUGGCACAGGCCAGCCCCUUACCAAACAUUGUGUGGACUUACCCACUGAAGAAGCUGAAGGAAUUUGAUGUGUCUACCUCUCCUAUUGGGGAAGACUCUAUUCAGUCUGAGUUGGUGAUACCUUCAGCCCAUCUGACAGACAGUGGCAACUACACUUGUGUGGCCACCAACUCCAUGGGCAGCAGCUCUAUCCCCAUCUCCCUUCAUGUUCAACCUCCUCAGGCUGUGCCCUCUUCCUCUUCCUAUUUGGUUUCUUUGGAGGAGCAUUCCUACAUUUACAUGAGGAUUACCAAGCAAACUGUUUAUGGGAUUGUGCUAGAGUGGUAUGCAGUAACAGAUAACCCUUCUGAGACCUGGUUCACACUCUACUUUGGGAUAUAUGAAGCUGUCAAGAAAGAAAUUGUCUCUGUUGGCCCUGGGAUUAACACCUACUGGGUGAAUGACCUGCUUCCAGCCACAAAAUAUGAGGCAUGCAUCAGCCUACAGAGCCAGCCACCCCGAAAGGACCAGUGUGUUGUCUUUGUAACGGGAAAUGACAUCAGUGAGCUAGAGAAGAGGGAGAAGAUCAUACACAUCAUUGUUGUGGCAUGUGCUUUGGUCCUGGCAGUGCCCGUAGGCGUGUAUGUCUGUGCCUCGGAGGCUCAUCUUGGUGGCCUGGGCCACUGUUUGGGCCACUGUCCUCAGAGAAGGAAUGGAGCAAGAUGCCCCAGCACUGUCAUUGAGAGCAGGGAUGCCAUGUUUGACAACCUGACAACUGGCAUUGACGAGAGCCUCUGUCUUGGGGAGAUCAGAGAGGAUCAGAGAUGGAAAAGUGGGAAAGAGAGAGCAUCUAAUAAAUCCCAAACAGAGAGUCAAAACAGUGUUCACCUUUUCUAGCUAGACUAAGUCCAAGGCAGGUUGACUUGGAUCCUGUCAGUCAAACCACCAGGGUUGGGGAAGUAAAAGUCAUAUUCCUGUGAACUUUAUGGUUCCCCCUUUGGCCUGGGAAUAUUGGCUGACCCACCAAAAGGUGGGCAUGGUUCACCUUCUAGCUGUAAGCUCAAUAUUCUCAAAAAUAUUGUUGAUACAGCAAUGGCUCUGAGAUCUCACUGAUGAGGGUACUCCCACCACCACAGACUGUAGCCCAUCCCUGCCUUCUCAUCCUAAGUGAUUCUUGUCCAUUCCUCCUCAUAAAUUCUCCACUGGGGCCCACUCAUUGUAGGAUGUUUAGUAUCAAAUGGGUACCAGUAUCCCCUUUAUUAGUCCAGUAUGAUACAAGUGACCUGAGUGCCAUUCCCUAAUGAGUGAGAAUAUCACUCAGAGAAUACCUAAUGGCCCUCAAGGCAUACCUUUUUAGAGGUCUUUGUGGACACCUAUGGUCUUCAUGCCAGCACAUCCCUUGUCGUGUGUCAAAUAUUAGAAAGAAAAUUUCUCGACGUGUGUGACAGAAACCAACUCCUAUUAGUUAUACUGAUGCGUUGCAUGUUGGGGGUGGGGAAGAAGGUUGGUUCUUCUGUGUAGUGCUUUUGUGAAAUGCAAUCACUCAU